AUGGCUACUGAAAACGAAAGUCAGAAUAUACCCAUACCUACGAAAGAGUCGGAGGUACCAUCGAAGGAAAAUACGCCUAAGACAUGUGCUACCUGCGAAGUAGUAAUUGGUGCUAAUGAUAUUAAAUUACAAUGUAAACGUGAUCAAUGUGGAGCAGUUACUUGCAAUUCAUGUACAAAACUAAUGGUUGAAGUUAUGUUCGGUCAACCUGUUUUGGAGUAUCCAUUGAAAUGUUGUUCAUGCAGCAACGCUUAUGAUUCGAUUGAAGUUGAUCAAUUGCUUGCCAAGCAUCCUAGUUAUGAGCAAUACAUUGCCUUUAUUCUUCCAUUAUUUUGGUCCAAAGAUUGUCUGGAAGAAAAUGAAAAAUUAGCGCAAUGUCCAUUUUGUCCGUAUGUAGAAAUUCAUACGACUGACACAUGUCCAAUUCAAUUCAUGACCUGUCAACAUCCGGCUUGCGGCAAAAAAUCUUGUUUGAUAUGUCUUCACGAAAUAACUGAUGAUGAAUCGAACCAUCGAACGACAUGCGUUGAACUUCAAUCAUAUAAAGAAUUGGUUGAAAAGGCUAUUGAAACCGGAUCGAAACAACAAUGCCCUCAUUGCCAUCUUACUGGCUUGAAAGAUGAUGGUUGCACACAUAUGACAUGCGAGCGAUGCGGAUUAACAUGGUGUUACUUAUGUGGCAUGAAAGAAACAGAAUGUCUAGUUGGCGAUGAUGAUGAUCCAAGCUUUUCAGCUCAUAACAACGAGUGGGAACAGCAUGUAGGUCGUUGUCCAAUGAGUCUGGUUAGCAUCCAUGAACUUGAUGAUCGAUGGCCAGAUGAUGAUGAAGGUUGUCUGGAAUUCUUCCACCGCUAUCGAACAUUAUGUGAACUUUAUGAUGUGAUGAAAAUUGUCGGCGAAGAUAGAUUCGAUGAACUCAAUCAAACAUUCGGUAUUAUCGAUGCAUCUGGUUAUACCAUUGAUGAGAUAAAAGACUACGACAAUCGAAUGCUAAUAAAUUAUGGUGCAACUGAAUAA